ACUUAUUCAGAGUCCUCUGUUUGCUAAAAGUCAUUUCUAAGAAUGGGUCUUGAAUCUUGAUGGAGGAGAUCUAUUGGUUUGGCUUGUAUCUGGUAAUUAGAUUCAAGAAGAGAAAAUGUCUGGGUUUUUGAAGCCUACAAUAUAACAUCGCAAGCUUCUCACCAUCUCUACUCCAUCCACACCAUCGUCUCUUCGCUCUCUCUGACGAAUGGCUGGAAAAGCUGUAAAGUCUGUAGCAAAAGCAGUUGGGGAAUAUCAAUAUCCAUGGCAAGAAAAGUUAGUAAAAUACAAGGAUGAGCUUUCAAAGGGAGUUUGGGGUUACUGGGAGCUUGGAGCCUGGAAACCUCUGGGGAUCAGUGCUCGCCAUCGAGCUCGUCUGCGCAAGGAAGUUGUUCUUGCUGGACAAGAUUGGCCAUACGAUCCAGCGAGAAAGGAAAUGAGAACAAAGCAGAAAGGGCACAAGUGUGACAGAAUAUCAGCAGAAAAACGGGCAAAGACAGCUGAACUGAUGCAAAAAAUGCCUGAAAUGUUGGCUGAUUAUAGGAAGAGAAAGUGGGAAAGGAAAAUGAAAGCAGAAGAAGAUGCUGCCAGAAAAUCACUGCAAGAAUAGGUUUUACCAUCCUUUCUUUUUCAACAACAUAAUGGACCAAAGAUAUCCUGCUCACUUGCCUUGUUCUUUUUUUGUUCUGUAUUUUCGAACCGUAGCAAUCGGCGGGAUUCGCCUUGAUAGAUGUGAGUUCAAUAACUAGUGUUUUGUUUUUCUU